AUCACUUUGUCUACUCCUUUCACAGUGUACAUAGGUGCCUCUGAUAUAAGUCGGCUCCCAGGCAGCCUUGAACAGAAUCAUAUUUAAGGGAGACGCAGUUCUAGAUUGUCACAUAACGUCAUCCCACACGGAACAGCUAUGUUUUCGCUGCUACUCCUGGUGCUGCCUUUGCUGGCGGAGGGUGCUUCCUCAGACAGUGUGGGCUGUGUACUGCCAGCUGCCUCCACUGAGACGUUCUACAUGACUACCGAGGAGAAGCCGUGGUACCAACAAUACCAGUACCAGGUACCCGGCCUGUUUGACCUGGGCUGUGUUACUUAUGUCCAGUCGCCUGGGGAGAGCGACACCGAGAUGUACCUUACUGGCAACUUCAGCAAAGCGCCUCUAUUUCCUCUGAACAGCUAUGUGUCAGUCACUGGAAACAAGCUGGACAAGGUCUAUGAUGGCGUUUGGGAAUCUCUACUGAGCGGACCAUACAAUGUAGUGUACUCGCACGAGGAUUUCAUCAUGGACCACUACUGCUUUCUCGGAUAUGUUUCACUGAUGGAGAGGAGCAGUGGAAACAAGUGGACACUCUUCUGCAGCAUGCUGGAUCAAAUCGACAUCUUGCCAUUCAUAUUAAGGACAUUUAGAUCUCCCUAAAUCUCUUAAAGCAAAUUUCUGUGCUUAUGCUCGGACUCUAAUAAACCUGUCGUCAACAAGA